AUGAAGAACGCCAAAUUGUCUCAUGGCAAAACCUCCAAAGGAGAUUCGAAGGAGACAACUUCACCACCCUCGAACUGGGCAACAUACCUCGCCUCAACAACCGCCGCAAAUGCCUCCUCCCGCGGCAUCACCCACCUCGACAUGCUCGCAACCCCCGUGGUCGAUGCCAACUCUCUCUCUCACCUAGACCCUAACUCCAUCAUCCUCCACCUCAAUAACGAGAUCCCAACAAACGAACAAUGGGACAUUCUAUCCUCGUACUUCAACAAAGUCCAAAAGCUCUAUGUCUCGACAGGACCCGUCGAGAACUGGAACGACGGCUCCUUCCCCCUCGCCUGGCCGUUGGAUGUUCUGGUUGUCGCAGGUCCAGCAAGCGCAGAAGUCCUUACCCCCGCCAUCAUCGAAGGGCACAUUGAGCAUCUCGCCUUUUAUCUCUGCCACAAUCUAAAGUGGUACGGUUUGGAAAACUGGGAGUCGUUGGAAGACCUGCUACCUUUCAUCAACAUUGGCGAGACUGAAGAGGAAAGGGUUUCGGCAUUAGAGACCUGGACACCCCGAAGACUGCAGAACCGAAUGCUGAAGCAUUACGUCCAGGCACGGCCGGAGUUGGAAGGGAAGCUGCCCCCUACAAAGACCAGGACGCUCGAGAUCAUCGGAAAUAACGCGAUCGACAUGUUCAUCGGGUUCUGUCUGCAAUGCUUUCCUGCGGCUGCGAGGCUGGAGAGCGUUACGCUUUGCUCGGACGACUAUGGAGACGUGGGGGACUGGGCCAACGAGGAUGCGCCAGAGGAGGUAUUCUUUGCGACGUUCCUGUUGGUGCUGGAGAAGUUGAAGGUCUUGAGGUUGAGUGUUGGGGAAAGGUUGUUGUCUUCGGAUGAUGGGCUGAAGACACCGCUGUUGAAGAUGUUGUGGCGGUUUUUCCCGCCGAAGCUGGAGGAGUUCCAUUUCCGAGGGCCGGUUGGACUGGCGCCUUUAUUGGGGGAGUGGAUCGAGGCGUUUGGGGAUGACAAGUUCUUGCCUGCGUUGAGGAAGAUGAGCUUUAGGCUUGAUCGAGCAAAGGAAGGUGAGGAGGUUGAUGAGAAGGCGCGGGACGAUGCUAGGCUCGCGUGUAAUAAGCUUCGUGAGGCUGCUGUUGCUAGAGGUAUUGCUGUGGAGGAGUUUGAGGAUCCUUGGGAGUUUUGA